AUGGAGAAGAGAGGGACAAUAUUAAUGCAAAGGUACGAGCUCGGGAGAAUGCUUGGUCAAGGAACAUUUGCCAAGGUUUACCACGCUAGAAAUCUAAAGUCGGGUCAAAACAUAGCUAUAAAGGUUAUCGACAAAGAAAAAGUGUUGAAGGUAGGUUUGAUUGAUCAAAUUAAGAGAGAAAUUUCCGUUAUGCGACUAGUUAGACACCCAAAUAUUGUGGAGUUGUACGAGGUUAUGGCUAGCAAGAGUAAGAUCUAUUUUGCCAUGGAGUUCGUGAAAGGCGGAGAGCUGUUCGCUAAGGUUGCCAAAGGGAAAUUGAAGGAAGAUGUUGCUAGAAGAUACUUCCAACAAUUGAUUGGAGCCGUUGAUUUUUGUCAUAGUAGAGGCGUAUAUCAUCGCGAUCUCAAGCCUGAAAAUCUAUUGUUAGACGAGAAUGGAAACCUCAAAGUGUCAGAUUUCGGCCUGAGUGCAUUAUCAGAGUCAAGAAAACAAGAUGGUCUGCUUCAUACAACUUGUGGAACUCCAGCUUAUGUUGCACCAGAAGUUAUAAACAAGAAAGGCUAUGAUGGAUCCAAGGCUGACAUAUGGUCUUGUGGUGUUAUUCUUUAUGUUUUAUUAGCUGGAUUUCUUCCUUUCCAUGAUCCUAAUCUUAUGGAAAUGUAUCGAAAGAUAAGCAAAGGAGAUUUCAAGUGUCCCGGAUGGUUUCCUCCCGAAGUUCGAAAACUUCUUCCGAGGAUUCUCGAUCCAAAUCCAAGUACAAGAAUCACUUUGUCUAAGUUAAUGGAGAACUCUUGGUUUAAAAAGGGCUUCAAGCAAAUUGAGACACCAAUUUCACCUCAGGGUCAACAAAGACAUAAGAUAAUAAACGAUGUUCACGCCACGUUCGAAUCUUCAAACCAUGAUCACCAUCUUGCUGCAGAUUGUUCAAGAAGUCCUCCUGUUCGGCCAAGCAAUUUUAAUGCCUUUGACAUCAUAUCAUCUCUAUCGCACGGAUUCGAUUUGUCUGGUCUAUUUGAAAAAGACAAGACUACCCAGAAACUCGAGUCAAGGUUUACCACGAAAAGUCCUGCAUCCGACAUUGUUUCCAAAUUUAAACAGAUUGCAAUCACAGAGAGUUUCAGCUUCAAGAAAGACAAGGGAACUGUGAAGAUGCAGCAUCAUAAGGAAGGAAGAAAAGGGCAGCUUGCUAUUGAUGCAGAAAUAUUCGAAGUUACUCCAUCUUUUUUUGUCGUGGAGGUGAAGAAAUCUGCAGGAGAUACAAUUGAAUACCAGCACUUCUAUGAUACAGAAUUGAAGCCCUCUCUCCAAGAUAUAGUAUGGGCUUGGCAAGGCAGUGAGCAGUAGACAUACGUGUGUAUGUAUACAAAUUUAGCCAGAAGCUUCAUCAGGACUAUUUUUCUUGGAUAGCAGGUGCUUUCAUUUUAUACAUAUUUACAUAUAGACUAGCUAUGUUGUAUAUCUAGCUACCUAUGUUUGUGCUUUACCCAGAUGCUACAACUU